CCCAACGCUUCAAUCUCCCAUCGUUCUAUUCCUCUUUCCGAUCAGCAAGAGAGAGAGUUCCUAAAUUUCCUCUCAAGGUGCAGUUGCUGAUGAAAGGAAAUAUGAAAGUGUGGAAAGCAGUGGCAACAUGGGUUUGGUGGGCUGCCAUAGUUGGACCAGCUUGGGUGUGCACGUCAACGGUAGAAGAUAAAUACACACUCCGCUACAACACGGUGCGCUUCACCACCGUAAAUGCCACUAGGGAAAGCUACACGCAGUUUAUGAAAGAUCUGAGAGAUCAAUUGGCAAGUGGAGAUGAGAGGUAUGGAAUACCAGUGUUACGUGAUCCAUCCACAGUGCCCGAUUCCCAGCGGUUUCUUUUGGUGGAACUCUCAAAUUGGGGGGAGGCAUCCGUCACAUUAGCAGUAGAUGUCAUCAAUGCAUAUGUGGUGGCUUAUCAGGCGGGAGAUCAGUCCUACUUCUUUAGAGAUGCUCCGGACGUUGCAUUUUCUAAUCUUUUCACAAACACAGAGCGACAAACUCUUUCAUUCAAUAGUAGCUAUCCCGCACUUCAAAGAGUUGCAGGCGAAGAUAGAGAGAACAUCGACCUAGGAAUAUUGGCACUAGAGGAAGCGAUCUCAUCGCUUCAUAGGACCAGCAGCGUUCAGCAAAACACCCAGGCUCGUUCUCUUAUAGUUUCCAUCCAGAUGGUUUCAGAGGCAGCGCGAUUUAGAUAUAUCGAGCAACGGGUGCGCCAAAGCAUUACAAGCGGAGGAUACCAAACCUUUCGCCCCGACGCUAGCAUGCUCAGCCUCGAGAAUAACUGGGGAGCCCUCUCCACUGCAAUCCAGGAAUCCAAUCAAGGAGUUUUUUGCAGCCCAGUUCAAUUACAAAGACCCAACUAUACCCCGGUCAUGGUGGACAGUGUGACGCCAAUCAUAAUUUCAAACCUGGCAUUCAUGGUGUUCGUUUGCGCGAACCAAGCAUCAUCUCAGUUUUCUCCGCUUAUAAGGUCCGUCGUCGCCGAGGAUGACGGCGAUACUUGUGCACAUCCAGAGCCCACGACACGCAUCAGCGGUCGAAAUGGUCUAUGCGUUGAUGUGAGGGAUGGACAAUACAACGACGGAAACCCGAUACAGCUGUGGCCGUGUAAAUCUAAUACGGACGCGAAUCAAUUGUGGACUUUGAAAAGGGAUGGGACAAUUCGAUCUAAUGGCAAGUGCUUGACCACCUAUGGUUAUAGUCCAGGAAGCUAUGUGAUGAUCUAUGAUUGCACCACUGCCGUGACUGAUGCCACCCGUUGGGAAGUAUGGGACAAUGGAACCAUCAUAAAUCCCAGGUCAGCGCUAGUCUUGAGCGCAGAGUCAGGGAAUAGUGGCACCACACUCACCGUGGAGACCAACAUCUAUGCUUCCCGUCAAGGCUGGCUCGCCAGCAAUAAUACACAACCUUUCGUGGCGUCCAUUGUUGGGUUUAUGGAUCUCUGUUUGGAAACGGACGGAACCGGCGUGUGGGUAGGGAAUUGUGCGAGCAACAAGGUAGAACAAAAAUGGGCUCUCUAUGCAGAUGGUUCUAUACGGCCUCAGCAGAACCAAGACCGCUGCCUCACCAGUAAUGAUCUUCUCCAGGGAACGAAUAUCACCGUUGUCUCUUGUAGUCCUGGGUCCUCUGGGCAACGCUGGGUGUUUACAAACGAUGGCACCAUUUUGAAUUUGAAGCAGGGACUCGUGAUGGACGUGAAAGGAUCUGAUCCAAGCCUUAAGCAAAUAAUCUUGUGGCCGUUCACUGGGAAUCCUAACCAGAAGUGGCUUCCAAUGCUUUGAUUACAUCUGCUCUCUUGCGGUGUCUCCAGCUUAUGAGUAGCUCAAAUAAAAGACAUCAAAUUAUGGGUGAGGUUAGCGAGCCCUUGGUAGUUUGUGUGGUGGCCCUGGCCCACUUGGUUGUUCGAAUUUCCCUUUUCCUUAGGUUUGUUUCCUAUCUUCUCUUAAUAUGUGUGGUUGUGGAGUUUGGUCUGUUAAGUGGAGUGAAUAGGUAGCAACUUCAGAGCUACGAGCCCAACAUGCAUGCAAGGAGCGUCUGUUAUUCCCUAUAUAUGCUGUAUUUAAAUGGGGAUAAAUUGCAUCCGUUGUUACUGAAGUUGUCACUAAUUAUAUUUCACUUUACGGGCGCAAAA